UGUUGAUGAUCCUGCGAUUGUUUGUAACAAUGGUGAAAUGUGAGUGCAAAGUUUAAUAUAAUUCCCGCGUUUAUAUGAUGUUUUAGAAAGUGAAUUUAAUCGAAUUAUAAUAAAUAUUCGCAAUGUGACAUUCAUAAUAAAGUGAAGAACAAUGGAGCAAGUGUUUUCUGUUGCUGACAAACUGUCAAAAGUGAUCAGAAAUAUGCAAAAAUGUUUACAAUGCACAAUUUGUCUACAAACAAUAUCAGAUCCGGUAAAAACACUUUGCGGACAUCGAUUCUGUCGUGUAUGUAUUCAAACAGUGAUACAAAAUAAAAAUGCGCUCUGUCCACUGUGUAAUUGUGCCAUACAGCGUCGCAAUAUUUCAAAAGAUGAGAACACGGCGCUAUAUAUCAAACAAUUACAGAAUAUAAUUGAAGCAAUUCAGUUAGAUUCAGGCAUCGAUAUAGUGACUCAUUUAUCAGUAUUAAACACGUGCGAGACCUCGUCGAACAACACAGAGUUCUGUUCCAAAUCCAACACCACCGAGGAUGUGACAAAACCAAGCUGCUCUUACGCGAACGAGACUCGUCAAAAGAUACAACCGACUGGCAACAAUAAUGGAAAAGGCAGAAGCAAAAAGGGGCGAAGAAAACCCACGCAGAAGAAGAAAAUCAUGGUUAAGGAAAGCAACAGCAUGACGAGAUACUUGUCGAAAUGCGGCCUCUCUGGCAUAGAACCGUUGGAGGCGUCGAACGAGAAUUACUCGGGCGAGAAAUCGUUAAAGGAUAAAGUGUGCAGCUGGCUGGACACUUUGCCGGGGAACGAGAAUUUGGUCGAUCUUGACGUAGUCACAAAAGUGGAGCACGUGGAUUCCGAUCUGGACGAUACACUGACCAUGUCGGUUUCCGAGAACGAUGCCCAGAGCAACAGGAUAACAGACACAAACGUGGAUGCCGAGCUCGUCCUCGAACCAUCGGUGUGCAAUAAAAGUGAUACCAAUCGAUCGACGUGCAAAGAGAUUCCGGAGACUUUCUCGAACAAGAACGAGAGCAACGAGAACGAUAAAAAGUCUAGGAUAAACGUGGGAAAUUACUCGUCGAAGAUGGACUUCGACACGAAGCCAGACGAUACCAAGUCUAAAACUGUUAAAUCGAGCGAGGAUGACAAGGGGAAGAGCGAGGAAAAAUUCAUCGAGGUCCAGAGAACGUCUCCUUGCGACAUGUUGUCCGCUAUGCAGAGGAACUGGUCCUCGGUGGCCAAGUUCGGCAAGGAGAUGCGCGCAAAGAGGAAGAGAUUGAAGUCUUUGGACGUGAGUAUCGAGAACAGAGGGAAAUGUCGAUCGAUGGACGAGGUGGACGAAGAGAAGGUCGGAUCGUUCGGUCGGAUAGGAGGGGCGAGCGACAGGCGAGGAGGGAGUAAGUGCGAAAAAUCGAAUGAGGAUGGAAACGUUGACGGGGCUAUCCUCGACAGAGAAAGAUCGAUAUCGGCGGAAGUUCAGCCGUGCGGCGAGUCGUCCUUCAUCACGUUGGAGGAGGAUGGCAAGAUACGCAUCCGGAAUUUGAACAGCUGUCAGAUGAAAGCGAUCAUCGGUGUCUCGGAUGAGAAUCGUCGAAUUGAGGGGGACAACAAAGAGGAGGAGGGGGAGGAGGAAACGGAGAGACAGAUGGAGGUGUUCAACACGCCUAUUCACGAUCGUUCAAAGAUAUUUUCCCAAAUGACACCGGAAGGAUCACACAAGGAUGACCAAGAUCGAGCGAAUCUGGUUGACGAAUCGGUUAACGAGCGAAGCUUACCGACAAAAGAGCGAAUGGACGAGGAACAUCGUUCCAUGCCGUCGAAAUAUCAAAUCUCCACGCCUAGCCGUAAGAGGUUGUCGUUGAGAAGACAGAGCGAGGAUUCGAAAUCGAAUAACACCUCGAACUCGGACGUUGGCUCGCGAUUGAACGCCGUCAGGCGAGACUUGAAUCGUCAGAUUGACAAAGAAGAAGGGAAUGUUGAUGUAGGUAAGGGGAACGUGGACGGAAUAAUCGGAACAGGGAAACGUAAAACCACGGGCGAUGAACGGGAGAGAAAUUUAACAUCGAAUGAUUACGCGGGCAGAAAGGUGGAGGAUAAGAAGCGUAAUGCGUCCCUGGUCACGUUUAAGAAGCUGGGGAAAUUUUACAAGCGAGGCAACGAGGGGAGGAUAAAGAAACGCAUCCCGUUCUUUUAUUUGAGCGCAACCGGGAAGGAGACGAGUUAUUAUCCCGGCUUGCACACUCAUAAAUCGUGUAAUUUCGUUGCCAUGUGUAACGUGAAGCUCGAAGAAGGGAUUGACAAGAGUGGAACAAGUAUAGUAUCGAUAACAGAUAGUAGCAGCAACGUUAAAAAUGUCGAAGCCGCGAAGGAACCGAUAAAAUCGAAGGUGAAAGUGGAGCAUCAAAUUGUAUCCGAAAACCAGGAAAAUGUGGCUGCUGCACGAAUUUCGUGCGAGGAAAUUAUGCCUCGUCCAAUCGACAACGCGAAUAAAUCUUACGACGUGGACGUGCUCUUGAUAUCCUCGGACGAUGAACCAUCGAUCACGCCUCCAAUUCCUAAAACCGAUUCGUCGUGCAAGGACACAAUGAAAAUGUCAUCGCCGUCGUCGAAAGAUCGUUCCCUGCCACGAUUCCUCUCUUCGUCGCCUCCGAUAGACACUCUUCAAACCCAAAAACUGAACGAUCCUGAGCCCGAAUCAACGAGGAGCAAAGGAAAGAAACCGCACUCUUUCGCGUGUAUUUCGCCGCAAUGUAAUUCCUGUUGCGCGCCGAUCGAGAAAUAUUCGAGCGGGAAUCAGAGGGCACUUUUCCACGAGGGGACGAAGGAGAACGAGGGCGAGAAUGAUGAUUCGAAUCACAGUCUGUCGUCCCAGACCACGUGUAUCAGAACUACGACGCCCGAGGUGAAAAAUUCGAGGAAAAGUAAUUUGAACGAGAGGAAACGAUCGCCGAAUCCGAGCAGCAGGGAAACCGAGGUUAUCCAAACAGGGCAGAAUUCGGAUCAGGACGCGGCGAAAACUUGCAAGAAGGAGAUACGAGAAAAGGUGUACAACAGGAUCGUGUUGUUGGACAGUUCGGAAUCCGAAUCUAUGGACUUCGUUCUCUUGGACGGUAACGAUCGUUCUGAUGCUUCUCCGAAAACCGAAAAGAGAAAACGUACCGCCUCCUUCGAUUCGGUCGACGAAACAGACUUGAACGCGAUUGUGAGCAAUUGGUGCAACGAUGGAAUUCUCGACGAGAGGUGUAAGAAGAAAGGGAAACUGGAACGAAUACGCGAUACUCUUGAUUCGAGCACGUCUAGGGACAAUUUUUCCACGAAAUCUUUGGACCUGGUGGUUGGUAAAUUUGGAAAGGAAAAAUCGAAUUCCAAUUGGACGAAGAACUUGGAGGACAGGGUGGCGCUAGCUGUCGACGAGGAUUCCCCUGAUUUUUGCGCGGUAAUAGACAAAGUGCAGAAUGUACGGAAGGGAACGAUAUUUAAGGAGAACCAACAACGAGAGAACGCGAAGACUGCGGACAAUUUGAUGCAUGAUAACUUUGACGAUAUCAUUGCGAAUGUGAACACGGCAGAUCUGAUCACUGAUUCUGAUGAUGGAAAGGGGAACAAAUCUAGAAGGGAAGAAUAUAUGGAGGGAAAGAACGAUUGUGAGAGAAAAUCUAAACACGUAAAAUCGUAUAGCGAAAAAAUUCGAUCAUGGAACAAGGAAAUUCCACAUAAAUAUUCCAACGGUUCUGAUAAAGAAAACAGGAACAAAAUGGACGUGUCUGAUAGUGACAAUGGCGAUAAUGAAGAUUUAGUAUGUGUAAAUGUGAGUAAUAAGAGUUGGAGGAGGAAUAGAUUUCAGGAAGAAAUGAGAGUCGAAUCGUGUAGUAAAGAAUCGACGAGAACAUUGAUAGAGAAUCCAAUGUCUUCGUCUGAUAAGAGAUUCCAAAUGAAUAACAGUGCGAAUAGUUCGAUGGUUAAAGAUAUACACGAUUAUGAUUCUUUGAUGGCCAUCACGCAAGAUGACUUGAUGAUUAAACAAUUCGAGGAAGAUCUGUUUGGUAAACCUUCUAAGCAUUCUAAUGAUACUUUAAAUAAGGAACAGAGGACUCCAAAAAGUCUAAAGAAGAAUAAAGAAUAUUCAAGACAGAAUGAAAAGAAUAUCCAGGACGUUGAACACUCGGGUGAAGAAGACGACAUUGUUGAGAACACUCCUAAAGCAAAGAGGAAAAAAUUAGAAGCAAUAAAUUCGCCGAGGGAGAGUUUGCCAUCGAUCUCGAAGACCAUCGAAAAGUCAGCCUACGUCAGAACACCAUCAUCGAUCACCGGAAGCAACCUGGCUAGCACUCCAGGCUCGACGACCAAUAUCCAACCACUCCAUCAAAGCACCCCUAAAACGCAGCAAUUCAAAAACAUAAUCGGUAUCGCAAAGCGAAUUUCUGUCAUGAACGAACAGUCCAACAAACAGAACAUUGUUCAGAGAAUCGGUAGUCAGAAGAGUGCUUCUCAGAGAAGCAACGUUCAGAAUAUCGUUCAAAGAGAUAUCGAGCAGAGGAUCAAUAUCCAGAGAAGCGAUCUUCAAAACACUAUUCAAAGGAGCGAUCAGAGGAACAGUGAUCAAGAAAGUAACGUUCAAAACACUAGUCAAAGGAACAAUGAUCAAAGAGGCAACGAUCAGAGAAGCAUUGUUGAAAACGAAAUCGUUGAAAGGAACAAUAUUUCUUCUCAGAGGACAAUUGUUCGGAAUACCGUCACGCAGAAACUCUGUUUCAUAUGCAGCGGUCUGAUAUCGUCCGAAACAGAGCAAGUGAAGAUGUUGACGCAAAAAGUGAACGCGAAAUACAGAACGCAAUUUGAUCACGAGGUGACACACGUGAUAGUGAAAACGGACAAAGACAAUAGCGCUAACAAGACACUGAAAUAUCUGCAAGGAGUAGCCCAUAAAAAAUGGAUCGUGGGCUUCGAUUGGGUGAUCAAUUCGUUGAAAGAGAAUAGGUUGGUGAACGAGGAACCGUACGAGGUUGUAGACUCCAGAACUCUCGAGGCUGGCCCUCGAAGGUCACGGCUCAGAGAGGAGGAUCUGUUCACCGGAUUCGUGUUUUUCUGCAAUGGACCUUAUGAUAAUGUUUCCGUGGAACAAUAUCAGGACAUGCUACGCGCUACUGGUGCUAUUGUGGUCGAGUCUCUAUCCGCUCUAGCCGCUGAAAAAAGUCGGUUGAAGAUCAUCAUGAUCCAGGCCGACAUGUAUGAGUACGAAAUUAUAAAAUGGUAUAGAAUGGUUCAUGCCAUAUCAAUCGUCCACGAAUGGGUAGUUGAGUGUAUCAGUCAAUACAAACUGAUAUCAUUCUAUCCAUAUCUACAGGAAUUAUCGCGACAAGAUGUACUCGCACUUGGUUAUCCAGAAUAUCUUCUCGAAGAAGAGGUUGACGAGGACUCUGAUAACUCAUGUGAUGUGUCAAUGUGAUAUUCGAAUCAGGUUCAUUUAAUUUUAAUGUAAUUUCACGCUGAUUCUUAUCUGCUUUCGUGUCCAAUUUACAUCAGUGCCAAAUCUUUCUAAUCAAAAUGUACGUAUAAUUUAGUUUAGAAUUUGUAUUCUUUCUAUUUAGAGACUCGUUUAUUGAGAAAAUAUCAGUAACAAAUGGAGUAUUUAAUUUUACAGAAAGAUUAUUUGUUACAGUGUGGUUAAAACGUGAACUAAUUUGAAUAUAAAAAUUUAUUUACAGCUUUUUAUGAAGUUGGUGAUAUGAAUAACAUGGACAGUAUUGUUUCGCCAGUAUCAGUAUUUUUAUUAUUUAUUAUCUAUUGAUAACAAUAGUUAUGGAAGUAAUCUUUGUUGUAAUUUUUGAUUAGAAAGUAAGUACUGAUAUCUGAUUUUAUUUUAGAGCCACAAGAUAU